AUGUGUUGCUCGGUUGUUGAAGAGCAGUGGCUGGGGCGGCAGAAUCGAGGUGUGAAGGGAGUUCCGGAGCUGAAUCGGUUGAAGUUCAUGGCGAGGUUGAAGUUAAUUGUUGCAGGGGGUGAUGGAACAGCAGGCUGGCUACUUGGAGUUGUUUGUGAUCUCAAAUUAUCUCAUCCACCUGCAAUUGCUACUGUUCCCUUGGGCACUGGGAAUAAUCUACCUUUUGCAUUUGGUUGGGGGAAGAAGAACCCAGGGACAGAUCAACGCUCAGUUGAGGCAUUUUUAGAUCAAGUCAUGAAGGCCAAGGAAAUGAAAAUAGACAACUGGCAUAUUCUUAUGAGGAUGAGGACUCCAAAAGAAGGUUCCUGUGAUCCAAUUCCGCCACUUGAGCUGCCACAUUCUUUGCAUGCCUUCCACCGUGUAUCUGAAGCAGAUGAACUUAAUAUGGAUGGUUACCUCACUUUUCGUGGUGGAUUUUGGAAUUACUUCAGCAUGGGAAUGGAUGCUCAAGUAUCUUAUGCAUUUCAUUCUGAACGAAAGCUGAAUCCCGAAAUAUUCAAAAACCAGCUGGUGAAUCAGGUACGUAGUUGUUUAUCUAGAAAAUAUAUGUGCAAAUGGUUGGCAGCGUUACUUGUUUAA